AUGGGCACGAGAGGUGCAUACUGCGUCCUUGCAUGCAUCUUCAACCUGGCUCCCGCGCAACUGCCUGCCAGGGAAGGUCAGUCUGGCUACAAUGGCGUGACUGAUAUGUUGGACUCGCGGCUUAUUCAGACGUUGUUCAAAGAAGCCAACGACACGCACAACGUACAGCCUGCACCAGGAGAAAAGCCUGAUUGGCGCUUGGACGAGCAUUCCGACGAGAAUGUUGAGCACGCGCCCAGGACGGGCAGGACUCCGCUGACCUUUCUGCUGCAGAAUUCCGCCGGCGCAGGGGCGACGUCGCUGUGGAUUGAGGUGUCGGUAAUGACAGAGGCCACGGUGGGCGACUGCUUCACCCUCGAGGGUGAUGGAAAUUCGGAGACCGUCUGCUGCACAGGCUUUUCCAACGCGGGCCUCCUGACUGUCUUGAUGUCCGUGGCGGAUCCAACACAGUUCGCGUACACAUACGGCGCAGUGCUCACAUUGCUUACAAGCACGACGACGACAACCACGACGACAGACCACGCGUCUAUGCACGACGACCCCCACGUGUGCGCCUUGAGCGGCGAAUGCUACGAUAUUCGGAAGCCCUCCGAGUACAUCUUGCUCCGUGCGCCUUUCGACGAACGUGAGCCGGCCAGGCUCGAGCUCAGUGGGCACUUGGAUACCGAUGGUGUGCAGCCGUGCGGGCUGUUCGUGAAGCAAGUUGCGCUCACCGGCUCGUGGCUCAACCAUCAGGUUGUGCGGGUUCGCCCCCACACGCGCAACGUGGGCGGUGCCAACCGGGCGGCGAAGCAGGUGGUGACGAAUUUCUCCUUGCAGGUGGACAAUUCUCCCUGGAUGUCCUUCACGUUCAAUGAUUCUCAUCAGCAGGUCGCUGCCGUCGGCCAGAUCAAGGUCCACUUCGUGUGGAGGGAGCAGCUUGGUCAGCACAUUGAGGCCCAGAGCUUGGAGUUCUCCGUGGGCGGAGAGGUCAACCCAACGGUGCUCACAGUCUCGCAGGCGCCGCACCAGGCCCUGAACGUCGACAUGUGGGGCGUGGGCCGCCUGGGCUACACGAGGGUGGGUGGCGUGCUCGGCACCGACGGACACCUGACCUCGAUAGAGGAGCCCACCCUCGAGUGCAGGGCGAUUUCUUUCAAGCCCGACGACUUGCAGCAGAGAACGCAGCCUUUGGUGCCGGAGCCGGCCGAUCGCGGGUCCACCAUGAGGGGCGUGCUGCGCGGCCUCUGCGCAGAGGAGCCCUGCGCAGAGCAACCUCCAGUGCCCUUGUGGGCUCGUGUCGGCGCGUGGGGCGCACCGAUGGCGGGCGGCGAGAGCGGCUGGGAGGUCAAGGGCGGCGGUCGGCGCAACAGGAAGCAGAAGCCGUCUCUGGUGUGGACAGUCGGAGGCAAAGGCGGUGGCUCGUCCUGGGUGGGGGCGGGCCCGAGUGACACGUGGACGUGUGGGGCUUGCGGUACAGGUGCGAACUGGAGUACGCGUACGUCCUGCCGUGCCUGUGGCGCGGGUCGCCCUGGGUACAAAGGCAAGGGCAAGGUCACUUCCACGCCUGAGGUGGGGCAGUGGUCCCGCACCUCCUUCCCACCAGUGGCGGCCAGGCCUUGGCGUGCGGCCGCGGAGGCCAAGGCGCCUACGGCUCUGCAAAAGCUGGAGGAGCGCAGGAAGGUCCUGGUCCAGUGCGCCAAAGACUGGGGGGGUGAUGCGCCUCACCUCGACCAGGCGGUGGCCGACAUCGACAGGCAGAUCCAGGACGCCAAGGCGGAGCGCACGCAGGCGAAGCCUUUGUCUGGCCAGCUGCGUGAGGCGCAGGUCCAGCUGGGGCAGAUCGACAGGCAGCUUGAGCGCUUGGCAGAGACCGAGAGGAAGGCCAACCAGAUGCUGCUCGAGGUCAAGAAGGAGAGGGAUGAGGCUGCAAAGCGCAAGGAGGAGCUGGCGACCACGAUCCUGGAGCUCCAGGGGAAGAUUGCGGUGGCGGGCCCAGCGGCCCCAGCCUCAAACCUCGACGUCAUCCGAGUGCAGUUGGAGUGCAUCGCCAAGUCCGUCGGCAGCGACAUCCAGUCCCUCGGCCUCAAUUUUGCCACGCUCGAGUCCCUCCUGGAGGCCAAGGCUAAGGAAGGGGCAGCAAAGGCUGAGGCUGAUGAUACUGGUGCUGCUAAGCAGCCUGGUCAGGCUGACGACGGGGACGGAACAGAGGACGAAUCCAUGGGAGACAUCGUGGGGGCUGAGGAGUUGCCACCAGGUGUCACCGAGACCGAACGUAAGUGGAUUAACGGGCAGGAGCCAGUGCCCGACCAGGAGGAGAACCCGCACUUGUUCAAGCGGUACCAAGAGGUGCUCAUGUCGGUGCAGCUGCGCCAGAGCGGGAAGGCCCUCCCUUGGGACGACAGCCGCUGGAACCCUGAGGGGUGGGAGGCGGAGUUCGGGGGGAGCGAGAGUGAAGGGCACCGACGGGACGUAGUGCAGAUGGAUGAUGAGCGUGGCGGGCGCGCAGCAGCGGGAGCCAGCCAGAGGGCGGGAAGUGUGGCCAGGUCCACGCCCGCGGGGCCAGUGCGCGGCCCACGGCCUGCGGCAUUGGCGAGGAGCGAGCACGGUGCCUUGAGGGCGGGAAGUGUGGCCAGGUCCACGCCCGCGGGGCCGUCGCGGGGCUUCGUGCCUGCGGCGACGGCGAGGAGUCAGGGGGUAGAUUCGGGCCAGUGGCGAGGAUACGCGAGGGUCCUGCACGACAAUCGCAUGAUGAGGCUUUUGGUUGACAAGGUGAAUGACGACAAGCAGGUGGUCAUUGUGUGGACUUUCAACGGCUCGGGAUGGGGGACCAUCAGAGAGAAGCUCUUGGAGAAGAAGGUGGGGCAGCAGAAGCACAUCUACGCUUUCCAGGAGCACCGCCUGAAGGAGGACCAGUGGGCUGGAGUUACCCACAGUAUGCGUCAGAGAGGCUACCAAGUGGGUGGAGCGGUGGCCGUGCCCACGCUAGGCCCCAUGGGUGAGCCAGGAACCUCUGCAGGUGUGGGAAUCGCUGUGCCGAACAGGAUUGGCAUGGCGCAUGUGCGUGGGCAGACCAGCUGGGACUGGUCCCCCAGAGGAUCCCCAGGAAGAGCUGCAGCGGCAUGGGUUGCAGUAGGUAGAGGCGGCAUAGUGGUCGCGACGGUGUACCUGUGGACGGCCGAGCAGAUGUCGCGGCGGAACAGGGGGCUGAUGGACCACGUGCUGGGGAAGCUGCACGAGCUCAACAUGCCGUGGGUGUUGUGCGGGGACUUCCAGAAUGCCCCUGCCGUCCUGGCGAGUUUGGAUUCGAUCAAGCUCAUUGGCGCGACGCUGGUGGCCCCCUCUGCUGCGAGCGGAACUUGUCGGUCUGCGAGUGGAUGUUCCACAAUAGACUAUUUCGUAGUAUCGAGGGAGCUGGCAGGCCAAGUGAGGAAGGUGGCCAUCCACGAGUCUUGGCCUUCGGCGCCGCACAAGCCGGUGGGGAUCACGCUCGACCUGAGGCCGCAGGAGAGGAAGGAGCGGAUUCUCAUCACGCCGAAGAAGUUGGAAGGAAUCAGCAUCGGGCGCGCGCCUGAGCCACCCGUAUACGACGAGGUGGGGGUUUUCAGCGACGUGAAGGUAGCGACCAGGACCUGGGCUUCCUUCAUUGGCAAGCUGGAGCGCGAGGCUUUCGCGCUGCGGGGGCUGGAGUGGCACCCCAGGCAUGAGUGCGCAGGGCGUGCGGACCCACCGCGCUGGAAAGAGAGAGCGAUCCUCAGAGGGGGCGGCAACCACCCAGCCCCGCAAGGAGACGCUCUGUGGUGGCGGUGGCUCGCGCGCUCUUUGCAGACCCUGGCGGGGAACUACGAGAGGCUCAGGUCGUCUUCGGGUAGUGCCCGUGCGCGCCAGGAGUGGUGCAUGAUAGCUAGUGAUCUGGAGGAACGCUUCAGGAGCGUGAGCCACGAGUUCAGGUGCGAGCUGGUCGGCGAGGAGAAGGAGCGGCGGAGAGAAAGGUGUACCCUGCUGGCGAAAGGGCGCUGGCGAGGUGCUGACCAGAAAGCCAGCCUGGACGCGAUGAUCCUGGAGGCCAAGGAGAUGUCCAGGCGGGAGGACCAGGACCUGAUAAAUGAAAGAAGGAGGCAGUGGGCUGCGAAGCUGGAGGAGGCUGCGAAAGGAGCAGCGGGCGGACUCCACAGAAUCAGCAAGCCAGUGGACAUCUGGAGGCCGAGGAGAGCGAGUACACCCCAAGCUUCGGCAGACCCGUUGCGGGCAGCGGAAGCGGCCCUGGGAGAGUGGAACGCAGUCUGGAAGGUGAACGACCCGAUGCAGGAGCAGGAGCGGCGGUGGGAGACGGAGCCGCGCCAGGAGCUGCCAGAGUUCACGGAGAGCGACUUGGCCAAGUUAAAGAAAGUGGCGCGCACCUUCAAGAGAAAGACAGCACAAGGAGUGGACCGCUGGCACCCCGCCAUGCUGCUAGGGGCUUCGGACGCAGCGCACUGGACGCUCCUGCAGAUCCCGAGGGAGGUGGAGCGCACGCUCGUCUGGCCGCAGCAUGCAGCCACGGUCAUCUUCUUCCUGAUCCCGAAGAGUGUAGCGGUCGAUCGUGCCAUCGGCCUCCUCCCGACCCUGGCGAGGGUGUGGGAGAUCAUGAGGGAGCCCUACAUGAUCGAGUGGGCCAAGGCGAACCAGCGCUCUUGGGAUUGCACGGCCUUCGGCAAGGCGGCGGAGGACGCGGCUUGGGAGGUUCUCCUCGCCAACGAGGGCGACGAGGUGCAGGAUUCGGACCCGCGCACCCUAGCGACGGUGACGGCCAUCCUCGACCUGGUCAAGGCUUUCGAGAGGGUGAGCUUGCAUGUGCUGUGGGAGCGUGGCAAGGCCAUGGGUUUCAACACGGGGGUGCUGGCGGUGGUGUGCUCCUAUUUUGCCAUGGCGAGGCGAGUCAACACGGGGGAGGCCAUCUCGGAGGAGACGAGGACUGUGGCUACGAUCAUCGCGGGCAGCAAGUUCUCGGUGGGUUUCCUCAAGAUGGUCAUCCAGGACACGAUUGACGGUUUGGUAGUGGAGUACCCGCUGGUGCAAUGGAGGAUGUAUGUUGACGACCUGUGCCUCAAGCAGCGAGGGGCGCAGCAGUGGAUCGUGGAUAGUUUCCCGUCCGUUGUGGACGACAGCGUGGACGGCUUCGCGGCCUUGGGGCUCGAGUUCUCCCUGGGCGACCAGGGCAAGGGGGCGGUAAUGGCCAGCACCAGGUGGCUGAGGCAGGCUCUCAAGCAGGAUGCAGCAGAGAGAGGUUUGCCCUUGGUGCUGGCCUGCCCUUACCUCGGAGUCGACGUGGUGGCCCACGGAACGGCGGCAAAGAACAAGAGUGGCAAGAGGUUCAAGCGCAUGAGGAACAGGGUCGCCAGGCUAAAGGGGCUGAAAGGCUCAGGCAAAGGUGUGACUAGAGGGAUUGGUUUGGUGCACAAGUGCGGCCUCAAGAGGUCGGUAAUGUAUGGGUGCAAGUGCCUGGGCAUGCCAGACCACCAGCUGCAGCAGGUAAGGAGAGCGGCAGGUCAGUUGCUUCCAGGUUCGAGAGGAGCCAAGAGCCUCACCCUGCAGUUGGCGGUGCUGAAGGAGGACCCCACCGAGGAGGCCACACUUGCGCCGGUGGUCAGGUGGGCGAGGGCCGUCUGGGAGCAGGCCGUGGCAGGAGACCUGAGAGCGCUCGUUGCAGGGGGCCAGGGGCAGGCGCAACCCUGUCGUCAGCAGGCCUUCUGUCCUGAGGCGGGUGCUAGGCUCAGGGAUGCCCUCGGUGUCUGGACGGCGUUGUGGAUCAAGGAUCUGAGGGGCGAGAAGCACCAGCGGCAGGAGGACUGGAGCCAGUGGAGUGUUCCCCUGGUCGCAGAGUAUCUGCAGGAGGCAGCGCAGGCAGGCCUCCGCAGUGAACUCAGGAGGGAGGCGGUUUCCAAGGCCACAGGUGGAAGCUUGCCCCAGGAGGAGGCUCAGGAGGCGGAGUAUCUUGCUGCAGAGGUGUGUCGGCGUGCGUGGCGGAGGGCGUGCUGGAGAAGGCGAGCAGCCUUCCGUUAUCUUGACGCGCUCGACGAGGAUUGCCGCGCCCAGGUCAUCUCGCAGUACAGGCAAGAGCAGGUCGCGCUGCAGAAGGUGGUGCGGCGGCUGCUGGUGUCGAGAGGGGCGCAAUGUCCCUGGGAAGGAAGCGAAGGAGGCAUGCAGGAAGAGGAAGGCUACCUCGGUGUCAGCACCAUUGGGAGCCUGGUCGAGCUGCUGCUGGUGGCGGGCAGCCAGAUGGAGAUCGCGGAGGACAAGAUAAGCAGGAGGACGAGUGUCGGCAGCGAGGCUGUCCUCCUGAGCGAGCAGAUGAGCAACGCGUGGAGGCAGCAGCAGAAGGAGGUGGGCAUGAGUCCGCAGUGGGCCAAGGUCAAAGGGCCCGCGGGGGCGGUCAUCAUGUCACUGAGGAGAGCGAGGUGGACCUGGCCGUCGUGGACGGUCUACUGCACGAAGGACGGCGAGAUGGUGGACCUCACGGCGGUGUGCCCCACUGCCGUCGGGGCGCUCCUCAGGGCUGACCUGCGCAAGGUGCUGUGGGAGCAGUGGACGGCGCAGCAGCCAGGUAUGGAGAGCCUAGCCCCAGGCCCGAGGCUCCCGCCAGUGGUGGCGCAGCUGGCCGCGCGGGUCAGCAUCACGCCGACCGACAUCUGCAUUGGGUGUGGGCUGGCGGUCGGCACCCCGCAUCAUCGUUUCUUUCGGUGCCCCGCGCUGCUCGAGGUCAGGAGGCGAGCGCAGGCGGAGUGGCAGCACGUGGCGGAGCAGCAGGAGGACAGUUUGCUCUGGACGCGUGGGCUGGCGCGGGACCCCUCGGCGGACUGGGCCCACAGGUCGGUCGACGAGGCGGACUUCCACUGCGACGUCCUCCAGGGGACGGACGCCCUCCUGUCGGGCGACAUCGUGUGCGACGGCUCCAAGCUGGGCACCAGCUGCUGGGCGCAGGCGGGGUGGGCCGCGAUGGCCAUCGACGCGGGAGGCGCCCCCACGGUGCAGCUCUGGGGCCCCCUGCCAUGCCGUUUCAAGGAGCAGAAGACGGUCAAGAGGGCCGAGAUGUGGGCCUUCUUAAAGACCUUGGAGACGGUGCUGCCGCCGUGCAGGAUCUUCACGGACCACCAGGGCAUCCUUGACGGUAUCAGGCGGGGGCCGAGAUGGUGCUUAAGUUGGGGAAGGCCGCACGCGGACGUCUGGAGAAGGAUCUGGCACAAGAUCGCGGACGUGGGACUUGAGCCAGAGUGGGUGAUGCAUGUGAAGGCCCACAGGUCCAGAGCGGCCAUCAGCAGGCUCGAGGGCUUGGCGCAGCAAGUGGCCAGGGGCAAUGAGGCGGUGGACGCCCUGGCCAAGCGUGGGGCCGCGGAGGACUUCGGGCACGGCAGGGAGCAGACCCUGGAGAGCCUGGAUGAGAAGGUGAAGUGGGCCAUCCAGAACAUCGGCUGGUGGUACCAGGAGAUGAAAGAGGGGUGGCCCGACGUGCCGCCCAGGACGGGGCCGAGUAGAAGGAGGAAGCAGCAGAGGCCCCACGUCAGCCUCACGAGGCACGAGGUCGAGGUGUGUGGAGCUUGGCUGGUGUGCACGCGGUGCGGCAAGCGUGCAGCUUCGGCCAGGAUGAGGAAGAAGCUGUGGGCCUCCGCUUGCGCACCCCCUCCCUGGCAGGCGGUGGGCCACCAGUCCAGCGAGGAGAGGGGCUCGCUGGAGGCUAGAGUGGGAGCCGCAUGCGCACGGAGGCAGAGGGCGGCAAGGCAGGAGGCGUCCACGGCUGCAGGGCGUGGGGCUGGCGGCGCUGUGAGGGCGGCGGCGGCCUGCGCUGGCGUGGCGGUGGCGGCGGCAGCUGCAGGCGGAGGUGAUGGAGAUGACGGCAGUGCUGCGGGGAGGUCACCUCGGAGGUCGAGGUCGCCUCGGAGACGCAGGGAGGCGGCGGACGUGCCUGUCCUCGAGGGCCCGCCGUGCGCUGAGGAGGACCUCAGGAGGGCGCACGUCGUGGAGGUCGUCGGCCCCUACGUCGUCUGCCGCGUGUGCGGGGCCCACUCGGCGGUGAGGAGGGCCAACUUGGGCCGCGCCUGCCCUGGGCCCCUGCCGCCGCGAGGGGCCGACGGAGGAGCGGACUCCAGGAGGAAGAGGCGGGGCCGCAUCCUCCGCGGCUGCCACCCGCAGACGGGCAGGCCGCUCCCCGCCGAGAUGGUGCCCACGAGGUGCAGCGACCUCAGGUUCUGGGUGGGAGUCGUGCGAGGCCAGGCGUCCGUGACGCGCGGCCGCCAGGAGGUGGACUCGUUCAUCAAGCAGAACGAGCGGUGGCUGAUAGCGCCGUUCCUGACGCCGCUCGCCUCCGCCCGCUUUCUCGCCGCGCCGUGGCGCGGCGGCGACGAGCGGGCCGUGGUUUCUGUUUUGGGCGCGCUGCUGCCGAACGCGGCGAAGAAUUGCUGCCGCGAUCCCGUGGCGGUGAUGCAGACGCGAGCCAAGAAGGCGCGCGAGAUGGAGCUUGAGCUGGAGAACCUGCAGGGCGGAAUACGACCACAGCAGCCGGAUCCACCUCCCAUGCCGCCCCCGCCCAUCUUCGGCGAGGCCGCGGCGGCCAUGCACAUGUUCGCCGUGCCGGAGGUGGUCGCGCGGCAGGAGUCGAAGUUCGCGCCGCCUCCCGCGUCCUACGUGCCGAAGGAGGAGCCGCCGGCCACGGCCGGAGAGGACCGCGGGAUCGGAGGGGUCGUGGAGAUCCUCAAGGCCAAGUACGGCUGCGGCAAGGGCAUGCGCCUGAAGGUCAUCGGGAUCACCGAUGCCCUCCUGCAGUUCGAGGGCGGCAAGACGGCGCCGAGGAACCAGGAGGAGAAGGGCUGGAGGUGGGUCGUGCGCGCCGAGGAGGAUGCGAAAGCAGCAGAGGAGAAGGCCCACGAGGCCGCGAGGGCGGCGGAGGAGGCCGCGAGGAAGGCGGCCAAGGAGGCCGCCGCCAAGUCGGCCGCGGAGGACGCCAGGAGGGCCGCGGACGAAGGCACGAGGCUGCGGGAGGAGGCCCUCCAGAAGAGGACGGGCCCCGAGGAGAAGGAGGAGGUCGCGGACGCCGAGUCUUCGUCGCCUACUGGGCCCGCGGCGGAGGAGGAGGAGGAGGAGGAGGAAGAGGAGGAGGACGGCGGCAAGGGCCCCCCAGAGGGCGGGGCCGCGGCCGCCGGCGAGAAGGCCUCAGAGGGAGAAGAGAAAGAACGUGAGAAGGCGAAGGAGAACGGUAAGGAGAAGGCGAAGGAAAAGGACAAAGAACAUUCGAAGGACAAAGGGAAGGAGAAGGCGAAGGACAAGGAGAAGGAGACGGCGAAGGAGAAGGAGAAGGAGAAAGAAAAGGCGAAGGAUAAGGAGAAGGGGAAGGAAAAGGACAAGGAAAAAGAGAAGCACAAGGAGAAAGAUAAGGAGAAGGACAACACAAAGGCCAAGGCGAAAAAUAAGUCCUCGUCGCAGGACAAGAGCGACGAAAAGAAAAAGAAGGGGAAAGAGCGUGAGAAAGUGAAAGACAACGAUAAAGGAAAGAAGAGAAGUAAGGGUGCUAGCAGCAACGUCAGCAGCGACGACCACAAGCGGAAACGCAGAAAAGAGGAGAGCAGUGACGAAAAGCAUCGCAAGCGCAGAAAAGAGGACGGCAGCGACGAGAAAGCCCGGAAGAAAAGGAAAGCUGACAGCAGCGACGACAAGAAAAAGAAGAGCAGGGAUAAAGAACAGUCGAAGGAAAAGGAUCCAUCUAGAGACAAGAAGGCAGCCGAGAGGGAAAAAGCCAACGAGAAGGAGAAGGGGAAGAAGAGACGCGACGGCAGCGAGGAUUCCAGCGAGCAGCGGAGGCAAAAGGACAAGGAGAAGGAGAAGAGAAAAAGAGAAGAGGAGAAGAAGGAGAAAGCUAGGAAAGAGCGCGAGAAGGAAAAAGAAAAAGAGAAGGAGAAGAUAAAGGAAAAGGAGAGGGAGCGAGAGAAGGAGAAGGCCAGGGAGAAAGAGCGCGAGAAGGAGAAGGAGCGUGCGAAGAAGGAGGCCGCUGUCAAGGAUGCAAAGUCCUCGAAGGCGGCGAAGUCAUCAAAGGCGGCUAAAAAGAAGUCCAGCUCGAGCUCCUCCGAAGAAGAGGAGCAGGAGGCCGACGCCUCCAAUCAUCCCAGCGACGAAGAGGGCCAGCUUCUGGGCAGCCGUAGCCUCGGUACUCACAGAGGCAUGCCUGAGAGAGGCAGCCGGUAUCGUGAUUGCUUGCGGCUUUGA